AUGGCCUCACCACCAGGCUCAGCAGCCACAUCACCACCCGGCCCCUCCCCUCUCGCCCUCCCCCGCCAACGUCCCACCCUCGCCCUCCCCAGCGGCGGCGUGAAAAGCCGCAAACCCUCCAUCGCCAGCGCGACCUUCUCCGCGCAUCCCCUCCGCCAAACCUCCUUCCCACCUGACAGCCUCGAAGCCCAGCACGCCCUAGCACAAACGCGCUUCUCGCCCAGCCAAGCCUCCGAGCAACAGAGUCUCGACGACCUCAGUGAAAGCGAGCUCGCGAGCGCAAUUAGCGGACCCACCGGCGAUGGCGCGAGCGCGAGGAAGCGGAAGCGAGGGGAGAAAGGCGCGAAGGGGAGGCCGAAGAAGGUUAGUGGGGCUGGGAGGACGGGGAGUGUGAGUUUGGUUAAUGGGGACGAGGGAGCGACGCCGCGGCGAGGGGCACCAAGUGUGGCUAAUGCUGGGGAUGAGGAAGACGAGGACGAUGAAGAGGACGAAGCGGGGGGUGUAGGCGGACGCGCGCCGCUGUAUGAGGGCGGACAGAUGACGGCGGCGGAGUACGAGACGGAUUCCAAGGCGAAGGCGAUGUUCAGACAAUACGUCGAUCGCGUGGACUCGCAGCCACUGUCCGCCCCGGGACGUGAGGGGUUGACGAGGAGGGAUAUGAGUGAUCGCUACGACGUCUACAACCGCGCGAAGUUGAAGCCGAGCGAUGUGCGGCGGCUGGUGAACCAGACGCUCUCGCAGUCCGUGCCAGCGAAUGUGGUGACAGUCGUGAACUCGUAUACGAAGAUGUUUGCGGGGAUUCUGAUCGAGGAGGCGAGGGAGGUGCAGGCGGAGUGGAUGGCGGUGGAGAGGGAGAGGGCGGAUGGGGAGGGGAAUGUGGCGUUUAAGCGAUUGAAGCGCGCGCAUGGGGGAGGUGAGAUAGCGGAGCAUGAUGACGAGGUGGAAGAGGUACGGCCGAAAUCGUCUGGAAGUGGUGCCAGCAUGAGGAAUAUGAAGAUGGAGGAGACGUCUACGCCUACGGACGCUGGCACACAGCCUAACGGACCGCCUGCAGCGAAAGAUGAUGCGGCUGCGGAAGGGCUGUCCCCGGGCGGUGCGGCAGGCCUAAGCAGGUCUAUCGAAGAGUGCGACCGAGGACCAUUGCAACCGGACCAUCUGCGCGAAGCGCUGCGACGGUACAAGGCGUCCCACAAAGGCGGUACGGUUGGCUUCACCGGUCUCAGUCUCGAGGGGAGAGAGAUGGCGGCACCGCGGACGGGUGGACGACGGUUGUUCAAGUGA